AUGACUUUUGAACCAGCUUUGAGUAUUUUAUUUUUUCAUUUCUUUCUCUUCCUUGCAUCAGAGGGCAGUGAUGUUGAGCUUACCACUGGUCUCCAUUUUUCUUCCACGAAUGCUCCAAGCUCCUCAAAUAACCAUGGUAAGGACCCUCCUGAACUGGAUAAAGUUCUUGCAUCUUUGGCUGACGUUAAAGUAGUAACCAAACCAUCAAAAGAUGCUGAUCUUCCUGUUGAUGUUCUGUUACUUACAGUUACAAACUGUGAGUUCUUAGCUUGUUACAGUGAGCUAAAAAACCCCUACAAAUGUUGGUUUGAUGGUCUUGGCUAUGUUUACUUUUCUGAUGUGGGUGAAAGUCAAGAGGAGCUGAAAGUUGCUUUACUAAGAUGUUACAGAAAUGGUCCUGGUGGUGCUCUUGUAUCUGUAAAGAAUGCUGCCUCUCUGCUACAUCCCAAAGCAGUCAUUUCAGUAGGAACAUGUAGUGGCCUCAACCCUGCAAAGUCCAAGUUAGGAGAUGUUGUUGUGUCUGCCAAAUUAGCAACAUAUGCAUCAAAGGCAGUGACCAGCAUCAAUCAAGAGCAGUCAACUGGCAUGAGAAGUUAUGUGAGCAAACGCUUCCUGGAUGUCAUUAAGAAUUGUGCUGAUGGCUGGCAAGCACCUUUGAAGAACGCUGAAGCUCAGCAAGUUCAAGUUUAUACUGAUGCUGAGUUUUUGAGUGGACCAGAACAAGUCAGAGCUGAAUGGCGGCAUGAUCAACUUGCUGAAACCAAUCCUAAGGCUAUGGCAAUCGAAAAUGAAGGAGAAGGUGAGCAGACCUUUUAAUAUGCAGCCAGCCUUAGGAAGUGUAUGCAGUCCGGUCUCUUUUGACUCUAUAGAUGUGCUGGUUGCUUUUGAUUCAGUGUUAAUUUCAAGGCAUUGCAUUGAUUGUUUGCUUGUUUGAGCUUAAUUAAUAUUAUCAUAAUUUUUUGCUGAAAUGAUGGGCCUGCUCCCAAUUUAUGGGUCAUCAUUGCUUAGUUGUUAGAGCACUGUCAUGCUAACACGAAGGCCAUGGGUUCAAAUUCCCUUGAACCCUCUCCCCCUUAAUUUUUUUUUCAGGUAAUUUGCAAUCAUUGCUUAGAUUGCUGUUACAAUAAUUGUAACAGCAAUCUAAAUCUAAUUAUUGUUACAACAAUUAUAUCUGCAAAUUAUACCCAUUGACAAAAGAUAGGUGUGGGAAAGGUGCCUGGUGAAACUGAAGGGGGGGCAAGCACGUCUAGAAAGUAGCCAUGACAACCCUAUGAGUGGGACCGAGCAGGCACUGUCACACAGAGACCUUCAGUGGAGAAAUGUGCAGAUACUUACCAAAACAUAUCACCAACAAAUCACCAUUCCAACUAGAAUGCAAAUUACAUGAUUUGAACUUCAAUUCACCUUCUCCACUCUAAUAAGCCACUUAAUCGUCAACAAUACAACCAUAAUCUUUCACAAAAUUCCAAAUGGAACCUUUAAUUUGAACUUAAAGUCACGUCACAUAAUUUAUUCGAAUUCCAAAAAACAAAAUUUCAAUUCCAAAGGAAGCGGAAGUAAGAAUACACAAGAACCGAGUAACGACUAGGUACGACAGUGAAAAAGUGUUGAAGUUUACACGACUCCUGCAGUUCGCGGGAUGAAUAAAUUCCUAAUGAAGCCUUCAUAGCUUAGCUUUAACUAGGAUGUCCUUAAGGGAUUUUCCCUUACGAUAUGAGAUGAUGGGGGCCUUGAAGAUUUCUCUCAGUUGCGGAUGAUUUUCUAUAAGGUGCUAUGGAUAGUCUCAGUGGGGAAGGUGCAUGGUGAAACUGAAAGGAGCCGCAAGUGAGCCUGAAGGUAACCAUGACAACCCUGUGAGUGGCACCCACCCAAACCAAUCUACAGGUGCUUGAAAAAAAGGGGACAGCGAACAGGGGAGUCACAGGACAUGGUUUCCUUUUUUUCCCGUUUUCCUUGCAAUAAAAACUAAAGAAAAGCAGUUCACUACUGAAGAUGAAUAGAAGUCCUAAUACCUGCCUGAAGCAUGUCCGGGCGAGAGAAAAUUUAGCGCAAGCCUUCCAUAACCUCAAUGCAACCUGACACAACUGGGGAGGAGGCGGUACAGUUCACAUCCUCUACAUUCUACAUCUAUCUUCCAACUUUGUUUUUUUUUUUAGAAAGUUAGGCAAAAUAAUGUGUUAUAUUGAUGAAGGACUGUCUCAACAUAAACUCAAGUGCCAUUUUCUUUGUUUCUCUAUAGGAGUGUUUGCAGCGCAUUUGACUGUCAAAUUGAGUGGUUAAUUGUGAAAGGGAUAGCUGAUUACGCAGAUGGUUCCUCAGUUGCCUUCAGAGAGUUGGUCUUCCUGUGCCAGUGUGAUGGCAGCAUCUCUUGUUGCACACAUUUUGGUGGAGCCCUGUGUUUUUCUAUUCAUGGCCCCAUUACCAAGGUAAAUAUUUUCGUAAUGUUAUGUCCCUUUUGGCAUGUUGUUUUAAUGAAACUAGCAUUACAGUGUACUUCCUUUAUGCCAUAGUAAGCUCAACACUGCAUUAUGGGGUAGAUGUCACACAUGACAUCUUUUUUUCUUUAUAACAGCUUUUAAUUAGAUUUGAUCAUAUUGGUGUUGAUAUCACAAUAAGACUACUGUAACCGGGGCCACUUAGACAAAGUUGGCCAAACAUUACAGGAAAGUUGGUUGGGGCCAAUCAGCAGCUUGCAAAAAAUAAUUUAUUUGAAGCACAAAAUUUAAACAUUGAGAGCAAACGUUUUGAAAACGUAAAAUGUUUCACCAGACAAUGUUUUUCUAUUCAAAACUUUACGUACUGUACAUGUAUAACACCCAGGAGACAUACUUGUUUGACACAAGGUGAUAUUUUGUCAUCUAAGACACUUUUUGCAGCAUCGCUUUGCAAGGAUUUUCGACCUCAAGUCAAAAUUAUAACUGUUUACAUUUUUUGCCUCCUUCACACACACUUUAUGGGACCUCUCAGGAAACACAGGCUUUCUUCAGUGGGUUCAAAAGGUUACGUCUGUUGGUUGUGAUUUGUUGAUUUCGAUCCAUGCUGUUUAUUUCAUUUCGUUGUAAUUAUGAUUGACAACUAACUUUCUCAGAAUGUAUUGUUAUUUUCCUGUAAUCUGAUUGGUCAGCUUUGUCCAGGUAGCCCCGGUUAUAGUAGUCGUAUUGUAAUAGUUAUGGUUUCUUUAAGGAACCUGCAAACGGUAAGAACAUUGAAGAAAUCUCUUGUCAUUUUAAACCAAAAAGAGAUUGAAGUAAAAUCAUGAAACAACAAAAACGUUUUGGAUUUUGUUGUGAAAUAAGGUUUAGAUUAGAAGAACCUUCUAAGGUUUAACACCCACCUCCAAGUGCUCUUAGCUGAUGAGUCUGUUUUUUCCAGCAGUCGUAUUGAGCUGACCACAUAGCUAUAUUUUCUUUUUUAGUGUUAAAACUACACCUGUCUGAUAGGCACUGCUGACUUUAUUAGUGGCCGUUAAUUCUAGUAGAUUUCUUGAAUGUAAGUGAGAGAUCUCUUUAUGUUACAGAUAUAUCAGAGCAGAGGUCAGCCAGCAGAUCAAAGGAACAAUUACCAAGUUCCUCAGGUGCCGAUAUUUAGGUCCUGUCCAAACAAACCCGGAUAUUUUUGAAACGACGUAUUUUUCUACUUGAAUAGGCCGCGGAUGAAUGAUCGGAUUCACUGGUUUAGUGUUGAGGGAAGGCCAUUUUGUGAGAAAGGAAAUGUGCGGUUUCAGAAAUAUCCAGAUUCAUGUAGACGGAGGCCUUAAUGUUUAAUGUUACAUUGUACAUGUAAUCAAUACAAUAAAUUAUGUUACGAUAAGAUACAUUUCCAUUCAUUUUCCUUUGCUUUUGGAUUUUUCCCUCUUGUUUCUUGUUUUCUUGUUUUCUUUCUCUUUUUUCUCUUGAUUUUGGUUUUAUUUUUUUUGUUUUGGUUUUUUCUUAUCUUGGUUAAUGUUUUUGGAACUCUCGUAUCAGGGUUGUUGCGUAUUUUAACUAAUAAUUAGGCAAAAAUUUUUCGUCCUUAAGGGGGCGCUAAUUCGAAAGGGGGCACUUACAUAUAUUUGAAGGAGGGUGCUAAUUUCAACGUUUACGGUACAUGUCUGCCAUUUGAUUAAAAAAGACCCUCGUCCCUCUCCUCUGUUAAAUACUCUUGUCUAAUUAGCUGCUAUUUGCACUCUGUUCCUUAGCUUAAUUGUGAAAUGGAUAAGGUUUUCCCACCCUAAGUCUGAGCAACAGAUUUAUAGUACAAAACAACAACAACAACACAGCUUCUAAAGCCAGAUGUAACGUCAAUGAGCGAUUUCCAAUAAUCAUGACAUUUUGAUAUUUAGUACUAAAUUAGAAGGGGAGGCCAGUACAAUGUAAACUAACGAUAGUAUAAAAGUUUUGAAAUCUACAUCUAUAUCUCAAAAAUUGUUGAACAAGUCAGCCUUGCAACAGAAGGUUGUUAAGAAAACCGCUGGACAGGUGUAAAACUUGGUAAUAAGCUUAACGCAUGCAGAAUCAUGCGUCUUGCUGCAGUGUUACCCUGCUUAGGCCCUGUUUUCAAUUCUUGAGAGAACAUAUCCACGCUCAGAUGAAAAUGACCGUACUAGGUAAACUGCCAUUAUCACUGCUACCAUAACACUGUACAAUUAACUCAGUCCUACAUGUGCUACUCCAUGUGUUGGAUAGGAUAAAGGAUUUAAGAAAAUUGCUUUUUUUAUAAACAGAUGCUUCAACGGCCUUUUUGA